AUAUGCAUGUCAUAUGUGUGCACUUGACUAAGAAAAGGAAGUACAAUGGCUAGUUUAACUAAAGGAUGCCUAUAUUUGAAGACCUCUUGUCAAGAAUGGUUUAGCUAUAUUAAAGCAUUCUUUGUUGGUCAGGGGAAGAAGAUGAGAGCAAAAAGUGAGGAGGAAUUGACAGAAGCUGAUAUGGUGAAAGCUAAAAUGGAGGUUGAGGCUACUGAUGAAGCAGAGAAAACCAAAAAACAACUUAAUAAAUCAAGUUGAUUUUUCUAAUAUGUUUCUUUUACGUUGUCUAAUAAUAUAUAUUCUAUUAGGUACUCCAUAUUCCUUUCCUCAUUACGUCGAUGGGUUUUUUUAAUUCUUGA